AUGAACAAGUGUGGAAUCAUCAUUGCCUUUUUCUUGGUAGUUUUAGCCAAUAUUCCAGAAAGUUUCGCACAAACUACACCCAUUGGUGUUUCUGAAGAUGUGCUGACUUCUACUGCAGAGAAUGUUACAGAAAAAGUAUGUACCAAAACUGCAGAAAAAUGUAGAAAAGGUGUUAUUUUACCAUUGUGGACACCAGUUGGUGGAUUAAGUGAUGGAGAUAAGGCAGCCAGAGCAACUGUUUACAUGGCAGCCAUGAUCUAUAUGUUUCUGGGAGUGUCUAUUAUUGCUGACAGGUUUAUGGCAGCUAUUGAAGUAAUAACUUCUAAGGAAAAAGAGGUUGUAGUUAAAAAGCCUGAUGGUGAUACCACUGUUGUCAAUGUUAGAAUUUGGAAUGAAACUGUAUCUAAUUUAUCUUUAAUGGCAUUGGGUUCUUCAGCCCCAGAAAUUCUGCUUUCGGUUAUUGAAAUUUGUGGAAAUAAGUUUGAAGCGGGAGAACUUGGGCCUUCUACUAUUGUUGGCAGUGCAGCUUUUAACUUGUUUAUCAUCACAGCUAUUUGUGUUUAUUGUAUUCCCUCUUCAGAAGUGCGUCGAAUAAAGCAUUUGGGUGUUUUUUUCAUAACUGCAACAUGGAGUAUAUUUGCUUAUUUAUGGCUAUAUUUCAUUUUGUCAGUAACAUCACCUGGUAUAGUCUCUGUUGCCGAGGCUGUCUUCACCUUCCUCUUUUUCCCAGGAACUGUUAUUACAGCUUAUAUUGCUGACCGAAAGAUCCUUGUGUAUCGCUUUUUUUCCAAAAAGUAUCGUGCUAGUAAUAGGAAAGGUGUAAUAGUUCAAUCUGAAGGCUAUGGUGAUCAAGAGAUGGCUGAUGGUAAGACUAAUCAUGUUGGAGAUGAAGUAGAAUUUAAAGGCCUUAAUUCAGAAGAUAGUGAAGUCAAGGAAUUCGAGAAACAUAGAAUGGAAUACAUUGAAAUCAUGAGAGAAUUGAGGAAAAAACAUCCCAAUGUUGACAUGAAAACAUUAGAAGAAAUGGCAGAAUACGAAGCUGUAAAUCGAGGUCCAAAGAGUAGAGCUUUUUACAGAAUCCAAGCUACACGUAAACUGACUGGUAGUGGUAAUGUCAUUAAAAAGUCUAAAAUUGAACUUAGAUCUGAAGCCAGUGAUGCCAAAAUAGAAGUUAAGGAAGAAGAUCCAAUCACAAAAGUUUAUUUUGAUCCUGGUCAUUAUACUGUCAUGGAAAACGUUGGCUCUUUCUUUCUCACGGUUACAAGAGAAGGUGGAGAUUUGUCCAAGACUGUUUACGUGGACUACAAAACAGAAGAUGGUACCGCUAAUGCAGGACAUGAUUUUGAAUAUGCUGAGGGAACUCUGGUAUUUUAUCCCUUAGAAACUCACAAGCAGUUUAGUGUUUCAAUCAUUGAUGAUGAAUUGUUUGAAGAAGAUGAGCAUUUCUAUGUUCAGUUGAGUAAUUUACGUAUUGGUGACUCUCAAGGACUAUUUGAAAGUGAUCGUGUUGAAAGUCUUGCUCAGAUUGUCAACCCCUCAAUGGCCACUGUCAUGAUUCUUGAUGAUGAUCAUCCUGGUAUCUUUCAUUUUGAAGAAGAUGAAACUGUUGUCACUGAAUCUAUAGGAGAAAUGCACAUAAAGGUUGUGCGUUCAUCUGGAGCAAGAGGAACCGUUAAGAUACCAUAUACAACCAUUGAUGGUACAGCUAAAGCAGGAAAGGAUUAUGAGCUAGUGCAUGGAGAACUGACCUUUGAAAACGAUGAAGCUGAGCAAUUUAUUCGAAUUCGUAUCGUGGAUUUUGAGGAGUAUGAGAAAAGUGAAACCUUUUAUGUGACUUUAGGAGAACCCUAUAUAGCUAAGAAAGGAUCAGGUUAUGAUAAAGAUUCUGGAGCUGAAUUAGCCGUAGAAGAUGAGAAGCUAGCUGAAUUAGCUAAGCCUAGAUUAGGAGAUAUUGUUAAGAUUACUGUCAACAUAAAAGAAAGUGUAGAAUUCAAGAGUGUUGUAGAUAAGCUGUUAAAGAAAGCCAAUGUAUCAUUAGUGGUAGGAACAUCAUCAUGGAGAGAACAAUUUGUACAAGCUAUCACUGUUAGUGCAGGUGAUGAUGAUGAGGAAGAAGAUUCAGAAGAGAAACUACCAUCAUGUUUAGAUUAUGUUAUGCACUUUCUAACAUUAUUCUGGAAGCUUCUAUUUGCUUUCAUUCCACCCACAGAUAUAUGGGGAGGUUGGGCAUGUUUCUGGUCCUCUAUAGCAUGUAUAGGUCUUUUAACUGCUUUUAUUGGUGAUUUAGCAUCAGGAUUUGGUUGUACUGUUGGUUUGAAAGAUGCUGUUACUGCCAUUUCAUUUGUAGCUUUAGGAACUAGUGUUCCAGAUACCUUCGCUAGUAAAGUUGCUGCUGUCAAUGAUCAGUAUGCUGAUUCAUCUAUUGGUAAUGUGACAGGUAGCAAUGCUGUCAAUGUAUUCUUAGGUAUAGGUGUAGCGUGGACAAUAGCAGCAGUUUAUCAUGCAGUCAAUGGCAGGGACUUUAAAGUGGAUCCAGGAAGUCUGGCAUUCUCUGUGACUGUCUUCUGUGUUUUUGCUUUUCUAUGUAUAAUAUUGUUAGUUGUGAGGAGAAGUAAAUUAUGUGGAGGCGGGGAACUUGGAGGACCGACUAAAUUUAGAGUCCCAACAGUUAUAUUAUUAGUUUGUUUCUGGUUAACUUACAUUCUUCUCUCAUCCUUAGUAUCUUACUGCUAUAUCAAGCCUUUUUAG